GGGCGUAGCCAGGAUUUUUGUUGGUGGGGGGAAGGCUUUUGUUAGGAGGGGGAAGAGCCUCAGAUUUGUAUUGAUUUUUUAUUGAGUUAGGGGCUUGGCUACGCCCAUAUGGGCACAUGCUUUUUAAACAAGCUGCGUAACACGCAGUGGCUGUGGACGGAUUUACAACCUCUCCACGAUGCAACCUGCGAGCUAAUGCCAACUCUCUGUUGCUCCGUAUGCAAAACCCGGGCUGGGGCGGAACCAAUCAGGACCAGAACCAGCUCCCAGGCCCCGCCUUCAUCCCUAAACCCACCCCUCCUCCGACGGCUCGCUUAACAGCUCGGCGCAAGUGAUGGGAUGAGAAACGCGCGCAAAACCCCGUUUUGGCGAGAGCGGGCUCGCCUUGGCGGAGGAGCGUCCGGCGUUGCUGCUUUUCUCGGCGCUUACCUGGGCAAAGCUGCCGUUGCAGCAGGAUGCGGGAAACAGGAGGAGACGGAGAAAGACGAUAGCAACUCGGCAGUCUCGCUUGGAAGCGGUUUGUGUCGGUGCGCGCGUGGGAAGCCCCGAACCCACGUUUCGGAUCGGACCCAGAGGUGCUGAGAGAAGGAGGGAGAGGAAAGGAAAGGCGAGCUAUGGAGGGCGUCUUGGCUUUGCAACGCUUUCUUCGGGACUAGUUCUGCAAAGAGGGAGCUGGAGGGCAAGCGGCGUGGGGGCGCAACCGGCAAUCCAAGACCCCAGGCGCCGUAAACUCCACGGCGCGUGGAGGAAACACGUCCGGAAGGAGAACUUCCAUGUAGCCGCGACCCGGGAUUUUCCCUUCCGUCAGGAGUAUAUUUGCACGCGCAAGUCUUACGGGGGUUCCCCGCCCCGCCUCGCCAGCCCCUUCUUCCUCGCCGCCUGUGUUUGCCUGCAAGUUGCGAAGCUUCCCAUUGGAUUUCAUGGAGCUGGGAUUCCUGGUACUUGUUGGGCUUACAGUUAUCUCGAGUACAGGCUUCUCACUGCCCGUCUCUCGCCCCCUGCUGCUCUACAGUGGUGGCAGUAGCAGCAACAGUGAGCUGAGGUUUCCAGGGCCCCACGGGAGGGUCAGCAAAGAAAACGAGACAGCAGUAGGAGGGCUGCUUUCAGCCGGCAACGCCACCGUGGGGAAAGUGGCUGGCCCACCGGAGGUACACCACAGAGCCAAGCGCUGCACUUGCUACACCUACAAAGAUAAGGAGUGUGUUUAUUACUGCCACCUGGACAUAAUCUGGAUCAACACCCCAGAGAGGAUUGUUCCAUAUGGACUGGCAAAUUACAGGGGAAGUUUCAGAGGCAAAAGAUCUACAGAGCGGCAUCGUAAGAGCUUGCAUUCAUCAAAACAGCCUCCAUUGCGCUGCUCUUGUGCAGACAGAUUCGACAAGCAGUGUAUGCACUUUUGCAGAAGGACCCAGAAUGGCCAAUGUAAUAAUGAGCAACUGAACAGCAGAAAAGAAACAGAUCCCCAUCGAGAAAAGGAGCAUAUAUCUCACUCUGUAGCCCAGGAGAAUUUUCAGCUUCUUCAAAGUGGAGAGGUGCAGUCUAUGUUUUAAUUAUAUUGUGCGCGUAUGAAGUUGAGUACCUACUACCUAAGACAUGAAACUUACUGAAGAUGAACAAAUGUUCAAGACUCUCAAAUGGAUUAUCUACCUGCAGGUGCUUCCUUUUCCUGAACUGAUGCAAUCUUGAAAGUGGACAAUGUACCUGCCUGGAGGAAGUGUUACUGAACUGCAAUGUUCUGGCUAAUGUCUUGCUUGAGUCUUAUACACCCCAUAUGAUGGUGACAUCCAUGAUGGCAUCCAUCAAUUUUGGAAAGCAACAUUUUCGCUGUUUACGGUCCCAAGAACAGCCCCCACUGGCUAAAAAAGAAAAAAAAAUAAAGAUUCAAAGAGUGAAAAACUUUCCUAUUCUGUCAAGAUGCGGGACAGGAAAAAAGAAUGCUUCACUUGUUUGCUUGUCAUAUGUAUGAAUGUCCAGCUUUUCGCAUGCAGUUGUCAUGGGACAAGUUGGGACAUUGGAACAGUACCUGUAUUUGAUAUUCUGGUCACUUUUUUUUUUAUAAAAGGCACCCUUUUCUCCAUAAUGUUGUUCAAACCUGUCUUCCUAUUGUAAUCUCAGUGGUGAAGAAAUGUAAAUGACAAUAUCUAUGCAGAUUGAAUAUGAAUGGCUAAUAAUAUAAUUAUAACAUAUAGCAAGCUAACAGUAUACUGGGAGUAUUUCAUAGGCUAUUGGAUUUAGGCACCAAUUAUUCCUGAACUGAAAUGGAAUUUUACAACAGAUCUACUGGAUAGAUGUUGAGAGAGAAGAACGCUAGUUUAUCCGUCCUAUUCUACUCUGCUGCCCCGGGGUGAAGAAAUUCUGAAACAUUAAAAAUGCAUUUGAAGGACAUUCAAAGCCAUAUAUUAGCCCUUAAUUCAAAUUGCUAGAAGGACUGGCAUACAGUGAUGGGAACUGUUAAUUGCAAUUAUGAAAGUUCAUUUUUGAGGAACAGACAAAGCAGAAGAAUUGGAUGUAUUUCUACACAAUCAAUGGAUGGCCUUUUUGAAUUAGUUGGGUGCGUGUUAAGAAGACUGCGGAAGAACAUUCACCCAGUGUUUGCUAAUCAGAAAGAGGAAAAAGACAUUCAUUACUCAUAGUUGAUAAUCUUCCAAAGGAUACUUUCAUAAGAAUGGAUUUUUCUUUAAAAGUCUAUUAUUUUACAAGAACAUAGUUCUGGAGACCACAGUUAAGACUGUAGGCUGAACUGAUGAACUUUUGGGCUCAUUCAGAAAAUGUGCAAAUCCCCAAACCAGCUAUAUAAAAUUUGCAAAAUAAGUAACGGACAUUGUUUUCAGCAAGAAAGGAAGAGAUCUUUUGUCUAUAUUAUAUAUAUAUAUAUAUAUAGUAUAUAUAUAUGAAUAUAUUACAUAAAUAAAUUAUUCUACUUAUAAAAGUAAAACACCUCUCUCCAUUAUCACAUUUAUACUAGUUUUCUAUUUUCCUGGCCCAAUUUGGUGUAUUUUGUUGAGAUGUAGUCUAUUUAUUGUACUGGCAAAUAGCUUUUCUUACUGUGUGUGUUUCUUUUAAUUAACUCAGUGGAGAAAUCAAUCUUGUUUCAAGGAACUAACCUUUUAUUAUGAGGUAGAUUGGUAUCUGAGGUAUAUGUGGUAUAUUUUAAUAACCACAGAUUUCUUUUAGAAAGUCACAAUGUCAGUGUGCAAUGUGAGCAUAUGAAACUGUUUUUAAAGCAGGCCCUUGUCGUAUAGAAUAAGGCCCAAAUCCAGCUGCAGUUUUGCCUGCUUCCAAUUGUAAGCAAAAGAAAAAUGAUGCUCUUCGUGUAUUUCAUGCAUAUUUUAUUCUAUUGCUAUUUUCUACAGACUCGGAAAAUGCAGAAAGGUACACAAAUCUUUCAUCUGGCAAACCCUCAGCCCCACCCCAAUCAGUGCCCUCAUAGCAUUUGAGUUCAUGCAGUCUCUACCCAGAAAGUCCUUCAUCCUAGACAGUAACCUUAUCAUGGAAUAUAACUGCCCACUAGGUGUGUCAGUGUGGAUCAAACAGUUCUGGACCUCAGACUAUCAUCUAGGGUCAUGGUAGUCAACUCAGUGUCUUCCAGAUGUUUUUGACUACAAAUCCCAUGAGCAUUGUCCAGCAUGGCUCAUGGUCAGUGAUUAUGGGAGUUGUAGUAGCUCCUGAGAAUAAGUUGAUCAUCUUUGACCUAAAUGCUAGGCACUGGACAUGUCGCUUGUGUCCUUACCUCUUUCAAAAAAUCCAGCUAUCUUCUGGAAUAGACACAUAGGAAGUUUGACACUAUUGUAAGGAUACUUAGGCAGCUGAGUAUUUUCUAUCACAACAAUUAAAUAUUUUGACCGUAUGUAAAAUGUGCCAAAAAAGUCCAACAUUGUGCCCCCAAAUUUCCCCAGUAUGUGGCCUUCAACAUAUAAAGAAAUCUAUGUCAUCAGGUAAUGGAAUUAAAUCCAUGUCAAUGGUUUAAUUAGAAUAUCAGUUUCCCCAAGGUUCCUUACAGUCCCAAAUGGUUUGAUAGGGGUUCCUAUAGACAAUGGAAAUCCAUUUUCUGUAAUCCAGGCGUUAAUUAGUGUAGCAAAAGAUCAAAUUGAGCAAAUAUGGUGUCUCCAAGCCAGGUAAUUAGUUAUACUUGCAUCACAUAAGAAGAAUAGAGACUCAAAUUUAGUUGUGAUUAUUCUGUUAAGUUUGAUGAGGCUCAGUGAUGAGAUUAAACUGGCUCUUUAUUGAGCCUAGGUAAAUACAGGUCAAAACUUGCUUCAACUCCUAUGGAAUCUGUUUUCAAUUUUAACUUAUGGAUUGUAGCAAAUUUCUGCGGUUUGUUUAGUUUGGCCCUGUCGGAUUGCUACCCACCUCUACUUGAGUAACUUCACAACAACAUAUUGCAAAAUAAAAGGUUUGUGAUUUACC